AUGAACAAACAUUUUCCGACACUCUGUCGGGUUCAGUGGUACCUUAACAUCGCAGCCGCGGAGUCGAGUCGGAAAACUGACGGAAGAAUUGCGCGAAGUCGGAGUGCUCGGAGUACAGACCAAUUCGUUCGCCUUGUCUUUGAAAAAACGACCACCGCAAAAAAGUAAAGAUAAUACAAAUAAAGUGAAUAGCAGAAAACAGAAAGCAAAAAGUGAAAAAUAAGGAAAAAAAAGACUCAGAGAACACGGAGUAAAGGCUACCACCCCCACAUAGGCGCCCAUUCACGAAUUCCGACCAGUGCAAUAUAAUCGUCCUCGUACAUUCACAUCCACACACACAUACAUAUGUAUACAGAAUCCACUUGCUACUGAGGUCCCCUCGGUGGCGUCGACUGUGAGAAUGGACAUGAGCAGAAGCAUCGGCAGUUGCUAUCAUAUCGCACUCGACGCUUGGCCGCUGACGAUGGCCAUAAAUAUGAAAAUUCAAAAUACACACAUAAAUGGCCAAAUCUGAGGGUGCACAAUAAAAGCGGCCAUAAAGAACAUCAAAUCAGCAGCAGACGCUACACAGCGAUAGCGUUGCCCAUACGUCGAGCACGAGGCGCCGACAACAGCAACAGCACCAACAACAACAACAACAACAGCACCAAUAACAGGGGCAGCAGCAACUGUGGCCGGUGGCAAUGGCCAAGCUGGCACAGCAUCUAAAGGAGCUGGGAGCCCGAGCCCCAGCCCCAGCCCGAGCUCCAGCAUCAUCACCAGCCCCCCCGCCACAGAUCGAGCAAGACCGCUCUGGACCUCCCCGUUGGCGGCACGUGCAGUUGGUCUGCUCCUGCCCGUGCUCCUGGAACCAUGUUUGGAGCAGGACAGCCCUGUUCCUGGCUGCUGUGUGCCUGCUGACGCGGCCCGUCAUGCCGGAAGUUAUUUAUCGAGUUGAUCCUUUGGCUCUCCUGGCCGCCACCUUGAGAACGUACCAGCGCGCAGGAUGCGACUCGGAGCAGCUGUCACUCAGUUGUCCACGCGGCACCAGCAUUUCUAUCGAGCUGGCUCAGUACGGACGGGCGGGAGAUUUAACCGACCACAGCCUGUGUCCACCCGUUUCGCAAGAGGACCUCACCACGACCGGAAGUGCCGGCGAUGCUGUCAUCCACAGUGGAACAGAAAUCGAAGUCAAACCGCCGGAAGCGUGUACAGUAAGCGGAUUACAGUACGCCCUCCUGCAGACGGUGGUCGAUGCCUGCCAGAAAAAACGGCACUGCAAGUUUGCCGCGAAUUCCAAAACGCACUCUAGUGGAGAUCCCUGUUCGGGCAUACGGAAAUUCGUCGAGAUUGCCUACAAAUGCCGUCCAUACGAAUUCCGCAGCAAGGUGGCGUGCGAGAACGACAAUAUGCCGCUUGUGUGCAAUCCGUAUUCACGCAUUGCUAUAUACAGCGCCUCCUUCGGCCACACAGAACGCGAAAGCGUACAGUGCGGGGGCCAGGGCGCUGGGGCAAGUACUGGCACUGGCACCAGCGAAGACAACGGCAAGCCGACUUGCCUAGUAUCGUACGCCACGGAGACAGUGAUGCAGAUUUGCCAUGGGCGUAGACGCUGCUCGGUGACCGCAGAUGCUGGUACAUUUGGUCGUCCCUGCAAAGCUGAUGUGCGGAUGUACCUAAAGGUUGUCUACACCUGCAUUCCUCGCAAAGUGCUGAAGGAUCGUUACGAGACUGCGCCGGAGGGCGACGAGCCACAACAGUCUGAGCUAGACAUGGACCAAGAUGAACUUUAUGACGAAGACCAGUUCUACAAAGAGUCCGAAGCGAUUCCGCCGGCCCCGAAGCUCCAAGGCGCUAUUCCAAAUGUUGGCAUGCCGUUCGACUUCGGAAAUGGUGCGCUAGGUGUCGGUACUUCCAGCACACUCCUACCACCACUUCUUUCGCGGGACGAUAGUUUAUUGGAAGAAAGACUUGUAUCAUCUUUACGACUACUAGAUCGGAUAAAAUCAGCAUUAAGCCAAGACUUUGUUACUGAGAUAGCAGAAUCGGUAAACACGACUUCUUCAAGUGAAGAAAUCGGUACAGUCGAUGUCCACACCGAAGGUUCUGAAUUGAGUUCAAAAUCAACACCUGAACCUAACGUCGCUGAUAGAAACAUUAUUUACCGCCGCAAAUGCGUUAAUGUCGAUGAUUGGGGCGUCAUUGGACUGAACUGUACCGAGGAGGACAUCGUAACCGAGCGGGUCGAGGUCAUUGGUUUCUUGGUAAAUUGGCUGAGCUCCUAUAUCCAUAUACGAAAGCAUCAGGAGCAAUUUUACCUCUACCUAAUCAUAUCGGUGGCGGCUGGAGUUCUCCUCUGCCUGACGCUUGUCAUCGGCCGGCUCACGCUGCAGAAACGACGGGGUGAGCGGAAGAACAGCAGCUCAAGUGGCAGCGGGGUCGCCAAAUCCUUUGCUGAUACGCAAGGUGGCAAUACAGGUGUCGGAAAUGGAGGUGCAAGCAAAUUUCAACAGACGACACCAGGAGAAGCCCAUCUUCCAGACUCCUUCGCAGAUGACAUAUCUGACAUCGACGCCGACAUCGACUUAACAGGUCCUAUGCCAUUGCCCAGCCUAUCGUCUCGGAACGAGACCUACAUGACAUACGCACCGACGCCCAAGUGCAGCUACGCUGGUUUACCCAGCGCACUAUCGCACCCUACCUCUGGAGCAACUACCGUUCUGAUGGCCCCGCACUCACAGGCCAACAGUUACACUACCAUGGGCCAUCCUGCAACCAACGGUCCUCUGACAAUGGGUCCCCACUUUCUUGGACCCUCCGGACUCAGCACGGUUUCCCCAGCGUACCUAAGCGGUGCUGUCAUGGUGGCUGGACAUCACCACACUCUACGACGCACGUUGAUACCCACCAGCAUGGGAAUAAUGAGCUCUCCCUCACCACCACCGACUUCUAUAAGUUCUGGUCAUCCUCUGCCAUUAACCGCCAUGCCCUCAACCUCGAAUAGCGGCUGCGGGGUCUACUAUGAUAGCACCGUACCAAGGAAUCUGACCCGGGGCGUGUCUACAGAGAGCAGCGCUCAGUAUUUCUAUGGGUGACACUCGCUCAACCGAAAGGCUUCUUUGCCGAUCGCAAUUGCUGUGCGACCGUCUCACAUGGGCGUGGGCUUCAACAUGCUACCGCUGACGGCGACAAUGGGCUCCAGGGCAAGCCCCUGUGGCGAUGGCGGAGCAAGUCGCUCAGGGACUCCUACUAACAGCAACAAGCCGGACAUACCAGCAAUCACCGUGACUGCCUCGCCAGGGCCUGCUUCAAUGGCUCUGCCAAACAAACUGCUCACACUGAAAUCUCCCAGGUCCUUCGGGACCAUACAGCCAGAGCAGGAGUCCCAACAAUCUACAAAAUCAACCAACAAUAGUGAGAGUGGUCUGCAGAUUUGCGCGUCCGGGCGCAGUCAGUGCUUCUAGGAACCAAUAUUGUCGACUCCAUUUGGAGAUUGCGUCGAGCUUGCGGCGGCUGUACAGGAUCUAUUUUAUUUGUAAAUAUUGCCAGACUUGUUUAUUCCUAAGUAAUUAGCCCGUUUUGUAAGAGACUAGAUCUUAAUUGAUUGCCAGAGUUUUUAAAUUAUAAUUCCUGUUUAGAGGCUAACCUGUAACCUGUAACCGUUAACAAAACGAACCAACCUCUUUGGAGCAGUACGAACAUAGUUACGAUGCAGAGCUAGUCCUGCAUGAGAGGAUGUGAUUACGUUUAUAUCGCUAUCGCUAUAUGUAUUAGGUGUAAGCACAGAAUUACCAAUUAUCAACAAUAUGAGAGUACUAUGUACUACCCGUUUAAAGUUUAAACAUACUCGUACUUAUAGAUCAAUGAACAUUACGUGCAUUCAUAGUCAUACUCCGCAGUAUAAUGCGGUUAGAAAAGUUUAACUACUUAGUGUAGAAGUUUUAAAUAUUUCGAGACGAAAAGCAAGAUCCGAUGGUUUAAGCUAUGAUUUUUUGAUUUAUCAAAAACUCGUAUGUAUGUCUGUAAAAUGUUUGAACAUGCAUAGCAGACUGUAAUUUUCGAAGAUAGUCAUAAGCCAUAUUCAACAGAGAAAAAGAAAAUUGUAAGGUACAUUAACAGGAAGAGUUUGUUAGAUCCGGUACUUGUUGGUUACUGGGGGAUGACUACAAGUAUCAACGAGCUCAGCCCUUUUACAGAUGCACAGUUACGUUCGUUUGUGCCUAAUACCCAUACAUUGGAUAAAUUUACCCAUUCAUACCGUUAGCUUUGGAUAAUAGUACGAGUGCAAUAGGGUAACAAAGUUGUAAGGCUCCAUGUCUUUAUUACCAUUAAAGUACGAGUAUCAUAUACAAAGAGAGCUAGACACUCCCACUUCCCAGCGUAGUUUAGCAUAAGAUCCUAGAAACUGUUAAACACUUUCGGAUAACUAGCCAUAUAGUUAAAUGAGCUGCUAGUUACUCUCAAUAAUGUGAAUGUUACUUCCAGUCCAUUAAUAAUCGAACAAUUGUUUUCAAUGCCAAUGGUUCUCUAAAAGCAAAUGCGCACAUAUUAAAAAUACUUCUUCUAUAGGAUUAAUGAGAGACCAGAUUAAAACUAUUUAGUGGACCCAAUUUGGCAGCGUAAACCAUUUUCAUGUUUUACAAUUAUUUUUGUUUGGGGCUAAAUAUUGAAACAGGGUAAUAAAAAUAUAUACGUAUUAAA